GAACGCGCGACAUCUCUGCGAUGCAGGAAAACCGCUCCUCCAACGCAAGCAGCGGCAACAUUGUAGCGGAGAAACGCCAGCGGGCUGGAAGCAACGAGGGGAGCACCACGGAAUAGACCCCGUUAUUUUGUUGUGAUUGCCCUAUCUAGAUCGUAUUCUGUCAUAUCUCUCUGAAAAGUGAGUCGAUACACCAUUGAGGAUGUCGGUGGCAGGGCUGAAGAAGCAAUUUCACAAAGCCAGUCAGCUGCUGAGUGAGAAGAUAAGUGGUGCUGAAGGGACAAAGCUGGAUGAAGACUUCAUGGAGAUGGAGAGGAAAAUCGAUGUCACCAACAAAUCAGUGUUGGACCUCUUGACCAAAACAACAGAAUACCUACAACCUAACCCAGCUUCCAGAGCCAAGUUGGGGAUGUUAAACACAGUAUCGAAGAUGAGAGGACAGGUGAAGACCACAGGAUACCCACAGACCGAGGGCCUACUGGGGGACUGUAUGAUGCGCUAUGGACAUGAUCUGGGAGACCAGUCCUCCUUCGGCGGUGCGUUGGUGGACAUCGGUGAGGCCAUGAGGCAGAUGGCCGACGUGAAAGACUCUCUGGACAUCAGUGUCAAACAAAACUUUAUUGACCCACUCCAGAACUUACAGGACAAAGACCUCAAGGAGAUCACGCAUCACCUGAAGAAGCUGGAGGGGAGGCGGUUGGACUUUGACUAUAAGAAGAAGCGUCAGGGGAAGGUGCCUGACGAGGAGAUCCGUCAGGCGGUUGAGAAGUUUGAGGAGAGCAAAGAGGUCGCCGAGAGGAGCAUGUUCAACUUCCUGGAGAACGAUGUGGAGCAGGUGAGUCAGCUGUCAGCGUUGGUUGAAGCAGCGUUAGACUACCACCGUCAGUCCUUGGAGGUCCUAGAAGACCUCAACACCCAACUACAAAACAGGAUAUCCUCAGCCAGCAGUCGACCGAAGAGAGAAUUUAAACCAAAGUCCAUCAUGAGCAGCAUUGAGACCAUAGACAACACUCAACACAAUGGAUCAUAUAGCUCCUCACUCAAGUCCUCAGACAUCCAGAUCAAUCACACAGUAAAUGGAAAUGAGAAAACUGAUCCCUUCACCACCGUUCCUCUGUCCUGGCCAGAGAGUCCCACUUUCAACGGCCACCAAUCGGAGGUGCUGGACCAGCCAUGUGCCAGGUCCCUGUAUGACUUUGAGCCAGAGAACGAUGGCGAGCUGGGCUUUAAGGAGGGUGACAUCAUCAUCCUCACCAACCAGAUAGAUGACAACUGGUAUGAAGGCAUGAUAAACGGAGACUCUGGCUUCUUCCCAAUCAACUAUGUGGAGGUUAUCGUACCCCUGCCCCAGUGAGACAGGAAUGGACAGGACACCACCCAAUCAGGGACCAAACUCCCGAGCCCAACCUCCUCACAGCCUCCCCUAGUUCCUACACCCUACGCACCUGUGGACAUCUGAGAGGACUUUGUUAUUUUGAUCUGAGAGCUAUUUCCAUAUAGAUUGCACCGGUCGAAUCCACUCAGAUCUCCACAGGUGCGUGGGGCGCAGGGUCUUGGGGUAGAUUUGGGAUUAUACACAUUGUCCAUUCCAUCAGACUUCAAACCCCACCCUCAGGCCUCCAGUCAUCAACCCCCAGCCUCCAGUCCCUACCCUUACACCCUCAGCCUUAGAAACACAGUUCUCAAUCCCAAAUCGACCCUAUACCCGAGACACUUUUGUAGAUCUGAAAAGAUUGGACAGGUAUAAGGAAGGAAGUGGACAUUCUAAGCAGUCUAUCAGAAGGCAGAGUGAAGUAAAUGUGAUCUUGUUAAUACCAAUCCUUUAAGAUCAAUAGGAGUGUGUAGGGGUUAGAGGGGAUAUGGGUUUAUUUGGGAUUUCAGCACAACAACUCCUAGCACAAACCUACGUCUAAUUUAUUGUCAAAACGACAUGUAAUCCCAAGUCCCAGACUACGACCCUCCAAUACCCCAGCACCCACACAGCCCCUAACCCAAACCACAAACUCCAUGAAAUCGCCAGAUGAAAUUGAUCACAACACACUUCAUCAACAUCCUCCUCAGAUGACGACGCCUUGCUUUUCAAUAAGUCUACUACUUUUCUCUUUGUCUUUUACAAUAUUUAUUUUCUACAUUGUUCUUUUCAUGGUUUGUGAAAUGUGAAAAUCAGGGUUCCUCCCCCAAACAGUGUUCCAUUUGGAGCAGCUACAGGUGACGCCAUCAGACAAGACGACUAAAAUAAUCACCUGAAAAUCGCUGUGUAACAGAAACCACUUAUGGUUUGAAAUAUUUUCUGGUUGUAAACUGAAGAAAAGUCAUUCCAGGUUAUCAAAGAUGAUGCUUUUCUCAUGAUCUGCCACCAUGAGAAAACAAAAUGGAGUCUCCUGGAGAAAUCCACAUUGCUACUGUGCAUCUCCGUUUGGUUCGGGGUUUCCUGUAUAACUCUUCUUCAAGUGGUGAUGUUGAGUUAGGAGUGGUCUUUUUGUUCCUUUUCUCUGCUGUUAUCUGUAGGGCCAGGAGUUAUGCCUGACCAUGUUACCUGACCAAGACAAACUCUAGUCCCUAGUUCUAGGUUAUUAUAGGCUUUAACAUGUGUCCAGAGUUGUUCCUGUUGUCUGUCUCUCUGUACCUCCGUCUGCCUGCCUGCCUGUCUGCCUGUUGUGCUCUUAAGUGUUAUCCCAAACACAUAUUUUUAAACUGUAAGGAACUGAUUUUAUAACUCUGAAUGUCCCUCUCUCUCUCUGUGUUUACAUGGUCUGGUCUUACUGUGACGUAAAGACUCCUCUAAGGACUGUACCACUGUUCUGUGUCAGACGGGGGUGAAUGCCUUGACCCACGUGGACUUUUUAAGUGCUUUUUAAAAUGUCGUCUGUAUUGCACUGAAGCUUUAGACCAGAACGCGCAGCUCCGGACAUGCACAUACUGUAUGUUUUCUAGUUUCUCCUCAAGCACUGCACUUUCUAUGUCCUUCACCAUGAGAGGAAAUAUCUAUAUCACAUCAGUACCGUCUGUUAAGUUAUCGCCAUGGUGAAUAUAUAGAUUGAUAUGGACCACGAUAUGUACUGUAUGUGAUGAAACAGUUUGUCUGCCAUGUAACGUCAGACCACCAUUGUAGAUUGAAUGAAGUCUCAAAAUGAUACACAUUAAAGGCAUACUCUGUCACUUUUCUUUCCCCUGUGGUAGGACCACAAAGUACUUACACACUCGAAACCAAACACACAAACAAAACUAACAUUGUUUGAUUCACAUCAAUCAGGCUCUUCUUUGUCUUUGUACUUUGCACUUGCAAAGACUCUCAAGCCUCCAAAACAAACACGUGUUAUCUAAGGCCUCACAGGUGACCAGAAAUAGAAGCAAUGAAGUGUGCCUUUAAUGAGAUAUGCCUGUCUAGUAUCAUGUCUGAAGUCUGAUAACCCUGGGCUUAUUUAGGAAGUACAGCACUGCUCUGACCUGACCUUCUAAUUGACACGUCUCUUUAGCCUGAUAGUUGGUUUUUAACUGCCAAUAGCCUCUCUCUCUCUCUCUCUGCUGAGAAUGGAAUUUAUCAGAGCCCUAUAAUAAGUAUUAUGUACUGUGUAUAUAUAGCUCUGGAUUUUACAUGUUCACCAUUCAACAGAAUGGAUAACUCCAGAAUGAUUGAACAACAAUGACAUAACUGAAUCAUCAUCCUGUAUGGUCAUUUGUUUUCCUUUUUAAUUUAGAAAAACAGUAUUUAAAAAGCCACUGUAGUGUGUGGACAUUCCCUUUACCCAAAAGUCUGGAUUAGGUAUUUCUACCAAAAUACACUUCAACAUUCUUAAGCAUCUUCUUCCUCUAAGUUUUUCCAUGUUCUGGACCAACUACACGAACUAAACAACAGGGGAAGUAUAGGAGCAUGUCCAACGGUGUCUAAAGGUAAUACACACUGUUUUCAUAAUGCUAGUGAAUAUGGAAAACCGCUGUUUGCAUGAUUUAAAAAGGAAGACUGCAGCCAUGGAUUUGAUUGUGAGAGAGAAAAGAGAUUUUGUAGGAGGCAGCAUAAGAGAUGGAAAAAGCUUCAAUGUGGAAGAAGAUUGUUCUGAAGCCCUUCUGUUCUGUAAUAGCCUGCUGCUUUCUGAAGGUGUCUGUCUGAUGGUUGACAGUGUGUGUGUGUGUGUGUGUGUCCGUCCCAUUUGGGACAAACCACUGUGAGAUGACUGACAUGACACUUCCCCAACACUACAGCUGGACGAUAUGUCCAUGUCCACUGUUAACGCUCUCUUUGCUCUACUUAACCAGCUCUAGAACCACUCUGUUCAGUGUCACUUCACCCCAAACGUAGUCAAUGGAAACUGGCUGUACAUACUUCAUGACCUCCGUUUUGUAUUUUAUUUCUUUUCUGUAACAUAAUCUAUAUAAAAUGUGUUUUAUUGAUGUUGUAAAUGAAUAUAUUAAUACGUACUGUAUAUUGCGUAAAUAAAUGAAAAGCAAAUACUGAGCCAUCUUUGAUGUUGUUUUAAAAUUGUUUAAAAACUUUGAACACA